CACAGGUGCGUUCAGCAGCUGGGUGGUAAUGAGCACAAACACCUCAAGAAACAAGCAGAAACAGAGCAAAAAAAGGCAACAUGAGAGCUGUGACGAGCGCGGAGGCUCAGGAGGGGGCGAGGGACGAGCGGGGGGAGAGCGCCACCAGCGACAGACGACCAAGUCUUGUUGUCCUGCAAAACAUGCUCAAGAAAAUCCCACAAAACCCGUUCCCCAAUCAGCCCAAGACCCUCGUUCCGGCGCCCUCAGACUCCAGCGGGUCGCCUGCGGACGGGCCGAGAAGCAACCAAGACGGCCUUGCGAACGUGACCAUCGACGGUUUGCUGCGACAGAAUGGAGCACACCAGUCGAGCCCUCAGUGUGUGGCCAGCAGUAACCCAUUUUAUUCCUCUCGUACGGAAUUCGGGAACAUGUACAACAGCGGCGAGGAUGUAGGGCAGAAACUGUGGCAGGAAGCGCGAUUGGACGGAUUAUUCGAUCCUCCGCCUGGAUUCCAGAAUUCUCCGCUAGAUCCGCAGGAAACUGGAAGAGCCGCAGUGUCUGAAGCGCAGAAGGACUUGGUCCAGGCCUUCAGCUUAAACCAUGUGUCGGACAGCUAUCUGACAACUCAAAGUGGGUCUGCUAGUGGGCAAUAUCACAGCAUAAACCUGAACUCACCAGAGAAUAAUACGAAGAACCCUUUCAAGAACCUGCAGUCAAAGAGCUCCAGCAUGCAGGACCUUUUACGAGCUUCUUCAGACGAUUUUAGCCUCAAGACACCUUCAGGGAAACUCUUGGAUAAGCAUCGCGGUGUCUUUACGGACCCAUUACAGCCUUCUUCCAACACGGAUCUGUUCGAGUCUUCAAAGGCUCCGUUUUAUUCGGCCUCGACCACCGAGUCGCAUUUGUUUCAGACAAAUGGAGGAAAUUUCUCACACGAUGACAAACUUGCUUAUUCCAGAUUAUCUGGAUCUGAUGUGGAUGUAUUCUCCCCUUCUUCUGAUGUUCCGAGCCCGAUAGUAAAGGAGCUAUUCAGAGAUGGUGGCAGCACGACUGACCUGUUCGGUGCAAAGGCGGCCAAUAGCAAGGACUUCUUCAGAACGCUGCCCGGGAGCGGAUUGGCUAAAUCAACAUCGGACCUUUCUGAGUCAGCUGUCCAAUGGAAGCAUUUUGAUGCGCCGCGUGACGUUGUGCUCACAACUCCUCAAGGGAGCAAACACGGAAUCCUCCAGCCGACGCCCUUCAGUCAGGCCCGGAAACUGAACAAGUCGCCAGACUCUUCUCCAACUGAGUUGGCCCACGUGAAGCUCACCAGGCGCCCGCCCAAGCCUCUUCCUCGUUCCAGACCUCCAAGGUUGGAAAAGCCCACCAUGCCAGAGAACUCCCCUAAGCCAGCGAACACAGUCGAGUCUGUGCUGACUGUGCCGCCAAAACCUCCUCCGAAACCAUUCAAAGCGCUCCCCAAGCCAGUCAUUGACCCCGCAGCCAAGCCUCAGGACGAUAAAGCGCUCAACCAGGAGGACUACAACAUCUUUGAGGACAUCCUGCUGAUUGGACAGGAAAAGUGUGUCGAAGACUGGCCAGAAGACAGUCCUCAGCUCCAGCCUGACUUCAAACCAUCUGGAAAAUUGCGACUCCGCCGCGAAUCCUUAAAGUUCAAGAUGGACUCUGAGGGAGGAGGAAGAGGAGAAGAUCAGGAUGAUGCUGGAAGUUAUGUCAAGACCAAGGAGAGCAAGUUUUCAUGGUUGUCCAGAGGAUCCUCAAAGGACAAACUUGAUGAUGACUUGAAGGAUGGCCGGAGCUGGACUUUACCUCCUCCAGGGAAGGAAUAUUUCUACGAGACGAACACGCCAUCGGCCAAGUGGGAAGACGGAGAGCAAAGUUGGUCCGAAACCAAAAAAAAGCCUCUGAAGAAUAAAGUCAACCAGCUGCUGAGGCGUGCGUCCACCAGCCUGGUCCAGCGGAAUCCGGCUGCAGCGAGAAAGGACGAUGACUCCCAUAAGAAAAAGAUGAACAUGAAAGAGUCCACCAUUCGCUGGAGGUCCCAGGAGGCCAUGUUUGGUGACGGCAUAGAUGAGGAAGAGGUGGCACAAGCGCAUCUGGACGAGGCAGACGCCUACGGCAGCAAAGGCAAAAAGAAGAUCAAGAUUAAGUUUGGCUCUCAAAAAGGAUUCGCCAAUUUUCAGGCAGAGCAGCCCCAGGGGGCGCAUGGAUACACCCCUCGCAUAGACUCAAAGGACAGAGGAGACCAGUUUUAUGGUGCAGCUGACACGUGGCAGGAGCACAACUUUGAGGAUGUGGACGAGAUAAAAAGACUUCAUCAUUCCAACAGCCAAGACGAAGUGCCGGUCUUACAUCCUAAACAGAGCAGCUUCCCAGCAGAGCAGCUGGAUGAUGACGAGCAGAAUGCGGCAGAUGACUACAAAGCGAAAAAGAACAAGUUCAAAGGCCCGGUCCCCAAGGCCCGCAAAGCAAAGCGGACCCACAAUUCAUCUGGACCGGGGGAGCCGAUGGCAUUUGGUCAUGCUGCUCGAGCACAGACGCCCUGUCAGUCGGACGAUUGUCUCAAUGAGGACGACGACGACGACGACGUCUUCAGCAGAAGGCAACACGGGAGUCCCAUAGUGCACUACAUGUACAAACAGGAUGAGCUGGGCCUUCACAAACAAAAAAAGAUGAAGCACAAACCCUUCCAAAAGCACAAAACAAAGAAGAAAACCUGGGAAGGCGCCGCGGAGGACGUGGCGGUCGAGCACCUCUCAGAGGCGGCGCAGGCCGAGUGGUUGGCGGCUCAGAAGGACGAGCGCGCGGCGGCGGGUCUGCAGGACGGCGAUGGCGACGGGGACACGGACAGCUUGAUGGAGUGGUGGAACACAGUGGAACAGUGGGACGAGUUGCCAUCAGAUGACGAGGCCAAACACCUCGAUGAGACCCAGUCCUUCACCCUUUUGGCCGACGAGGUGAACCGAGGCCUGCGCAUGUUCAACAAGGUUUUCACGGAGCGUGCCGAGGUCCUGUGGCAGCACGUGGUGAAGCUCAAGGCCCUCGCCGACCACCUCGCCACUUUCCACCAGAAAGCUAAAGCGGCCGGCAUCACGGGCAGCACCACGGCGGCCGUCGGCGGCGUGACGGCCAUCGCCGGCCUGGCCCUGGCCCCGUUCACGUUUGGCGCCUCCCUCAUCGUCACGGCUGUCGGUGUGGGCGUGGCCACCGCCGGAGGGAUCACUUCGGCUUCUGCGACCAUCUCGGAUAACGUCAACCACGUGCAGGAACGCAAGAAGGUGGAGGCGGUGCUGCAGGAGUACGAGUCUGACUUUCGGGACUUGGCCAAGAUCCUUCACUUUGUUAAUCACGGCCUAUACAAGCUGCGUGGGCAUCCUUUCCUCCGGUCCGGCACACAACACUAUUCCGAGGACUGGGAGGUGCGCAAGGCGGUGCAGAUGAUCAGCUUGGUGGACUCGCCCGUUUUGCGAGCCAUGGAGCUCACGGACGGCAACUUAGAGCUGGUCCAAAGACUUCAGAGCGGCAUGGACAAGUACUUCAAGAACUCGCGGGAAAUAAAGAGAGCCUUCAAGAAGGAAGUGGUGGCUCGUAUAAAAGAGGCCGCCAGUGUGCUCAAUGAUGGAGUUGUGGAGCUGAACUCCAUCAGGGAGGAGCUCCAGAAGGCGAUUGGGAACUUUUAAACACAGCACAUUUUACACACAAAGCAGCAUGAGUGACACUUCAGAUGGACGAAAGCACAGGAGCAAACACUGCCACGUCACUUAUAUUUUGUAAGUUGAAAUCAUCCUUCUGAUUGAUUUAACUCCUUUGUACCUAAUUUGAUUGCAAGGUAAUUUCUCUAUCCAAUCAAGCUUACAAUUUCAUGAUCACUUUGAGGCACAAUUAGCAUACUGUCGGUGUAUUUCGUUUAUGUAUAGAUGUAUAGAAUGACAUUUUGUAUGUUAAUGAUAAAUGUUCACUGUAUGUGUCUAAGCAAAUAAAGAUGGUUUGUAAUGUUCUGUUCCCA